AUGCUGAAGAUUGCAGUCCACGUGCGGCUGGAGCACAUGCUGCAGCGGCUGCGCUGCCUGCAGGACGCAGCGGCGACGGCUCGGCCGACGCGGCUGCUGGAUCACUUGUGGGUGGGGGGUGCGGUCGAGGCCAACAGCCUGCACCUUCUGCGCCACCUGGGAGUCACCCAUGUCCUCAACGCCACCGACGACCUGCUCCUGCCCGACCCCGACGCCGCCUUCCGGAGCCUGCGCUGCGCGGUGCGCGACAUGGAGGAGGAGGACAUCGGACGAUUCUUCGACAGCGCAGCGGCGUUCAUCGACGCGGCGCGCGAGAGCGGAGGCGCCGCUCUUGUGCACUGCCACGAGGGCAAGAGCCGCUCCGUCACACUCGUGCUCGCCUACUUCAUGCAGGCCAAGGAGUGGACGCUGAAGCAGGCGCUGGAUUUUGUGAGCGCUGCUCGGCCGCAGGUGAGUCCUAAUGCGGGCUUCAUGGCGCGCCUCAUCCGCCUCGAGGAGAGCCUCCACGGCACCAAAACCGUCAAGUUGAAGAAGACCAAGCCGGAGCCGCGCGUGUGCCCGGUGUGCAGCGACAAGGUGGGCAUCUCGCUGCAGUCGCUGAGCGUGCACAUCCGCACCAAGCACAGCGAGGUCGCUGCUGACUACGAGCCCCUGCUGCGCAGCUGCGACAGCCCCAAGUGA